AUGCCCUCUGUCAUCAACUUUGAUGCUUUUCGCCUCCGCUGGCGGUCAAAGUCUUUUGCCAAACCACUUUCGCCACCUAACGAGGAUGACAGUGACCGUUCUUCUUCUCCCGAGCGCGUCGAGCGUCGUAUUAGUUUCCACUUCACGACUCCCAACAAUGCCGAUGAACGACCCCGGAAUCUUCAAAAGACACUGCCGGAACUCCCAACAGGGGGCACCAGCAAACAAUCUCAUGUUGAACUCAUGAAUGAAAAAUCCAGCACUCAUUUUCUAGAGCAACCAGUGGAGGCAACUGAGAAGCGCGUCGGUCUCCUAAGGUCAACUACCAAUAUCCAUAAAUUAUCGCCCCCUACUACCAAACCACCACCUGACACGAAACCCUCGUUGAUUCGUCGCGUAACAUCAAAGUUACACAUCACCGUCCCCGCAUCUUCACAACCCAAGCCAUCACCCCCGCAUAUAGCACAUGUCCCCACAGAUGUGAAACACUUUUCACGACCUCCUCGAUCACCCCGCGUCAUACUUCCCCGUUCUCCCACGCUUCCCAACUCUUUUGCAUCGCGUGAGAAUCGUGAGGCUGCGCUGCGUGAGCGUGGUUUGCUUCCCCCCAAGAAGGAUCUCAGCGAACAGGAGCGUGAGGCCGACAAGCAUCUAGCUACACUCCCUGUCCCCGACAAAGAUCAGAGUGGCUCCAGUGCGGCAUCGAAAAUUAAGGAAGAAUGGUUGUCCAUAAAUCGUUCCUGUGAAGCGCGUGCCUCGGACUCUGGCAGUGGUACUGCAUUCUACCCAAGACAGCUGCCCAGCUUUGGUGCGCUGGCAUCAGGGGUAUCCCCGCUGUCACAUUCGGCAUCUCCAUCACUACCCCAGAGCCCAACAUGUGAUUCCGAUUCCACUCGCGCGGACCUUAAUCCCGAGAUGUCUUUCAUAGCAAGAUCCUCAAUUUCCAGUAGCGUCCCACCCCUGUCCCCAUCUUCGCAUCUGGAAGUACUCGAGGAAGAACCUGCAGAGCAUGUGCCUCCAACACCACCGCCACCGCCACCGCACUAUGUUCAUCCGCCAAUAGUCGUCUCCACCCCAGUGGAGGACUAUUUCCCCCCGGGUCACACUGCCCUUCCUGAGAGUCCAGUCUCUUGUUCCUUUUCUAGCUAUCUUGCACCUCCAGGAUCAUCCUCACAGCCGCACACAUCCCCACCGGUCUUACCGGACAAGGAGAACUCAUAUUCUCCAUUCCCGGCACCCCCAUCCCGGCGGCGUACGACAGAAUCAAAUGUUCGCAGACGCUCAUCAGUUGGAACAUCUCUGUCCAAAUUUGGCACUAACUCACUCACCAAUUUGCGUCGCUCGAUUGGGAGUGUCAGAUAUUCAGGGUCUAGUGCGGAUCUAUCGAGUACUUCCAGUCACCUUUCCUCUCCACGAGUAUCUGUGAGGCCGACGAUGCAUAACCGUGGAAGCAUACUGCUCGAGACCAAGGGUAUCCAAGACGCAGAGAGUCGCCGACUGAGUGAGCUAGCAUUCUUGGAUUGA